UGUAGGUUAUGGACAAAUGAUAUGAGUGAACCCGUGUCACUGUGAUUUCUCUAACCCAGCUGUUAAAAUGGUACAAAAAGACGGUAUGGCCGUGUUUAAUUGAGCAAAUGGAGACAGUUGGAGUUUAGUAAUAUCAAUAGGUUAUGUUCCAACAUGACAUCAUGUCCACAACAGUAAACAAGGGAAUCCUGCCUGGUGCGGCGAGGGUUCAACGUGGUAGCGGAACUAACCACAAACUAAAAUUCAAAGCAUAAACCAUGGAACAAUAAACACUACUGAACUUGCCCUGAUUAACAAGUUUAAAAAAAAUAAAAAAAUAAAAACAUUUUCAUCUUCACUGUCUGCGUCAUACCUUGUCAACAGCCAGUGUUUUCCAUUAGCCUAACACAGUCCCUAGACCAAACUUAGUCUUCUGUUUUGUUGUUGUUAUCCUGUGGUUGAGGUGCUGCUGAGAAAACAGUUCACAAUUUUGCUGUUUCAUCGGAGUCUCUCAUCCCCUGUCCUGUUGGCGUCUUGCCAGGAUUGGCACAGCUGGCUUCUUUCGCGAUGCCCACAUGACAGUGUUGCUCUCCUCAGAAUCCAUUUCCCGGUACAUUAGGAAGACCGGACCUAGAGGACAAGCUCCAUCAGAACACGCACUACAACACUGCGACGAGAUGAUGUUCUUUUUCGCUCUCAGCUUGUGUCUGGCCGUCGGACAUGGUAUUUUACCAGACAUGCCAACAACUGUGGAUUCGAACGUUAACAUCACGCUCGAGGCGAACGUAUCCCAAGGUCACGCGACGUUAAAUGACAUGUUUCGCGAGGUGGAGGAACUGAUGGAAGAUACGCAGCACAAACUGGAGAACGCCGUACACCAGAUAGACAACGAGAGUUCCAAAUCCAUCAGAGAUGCACAGGGUUACCACCAUGAAAACAUCAGUGAGACUGUGGCUGGAAAUCAGUCCACUCCAAUUCCACUUAUCAAGGAUGCUGAGAAGGUGACUGACAAUGCAACUGCAGAGCCCCACAUUCCCAUGGCGAUCCAGACCAGCAAAGAAAAUGAUGUCAAUCACGAGUGCAUCAUCGAUGAGGACUGUGAGAAGGGCACCUACUGCCUCUAUGAGACUCACCGCUCCCAGUGUCUGCCCUGUAAGGAGCUGGACAGGUCAUGCAGCAAGGAUGAGGAGUGCUGCUCGGGACAGCUGUGUAUCUGGGGCCAGUGUGCCCAGAACGCCACCAAAGGAGAUCGGGGGAGCAUCUGCCAGCACCAGAGCGACUGCAAUGGUGACCUGUGCUGUGCUUUCCACAAAGCCCUGCUUUUCCCUGUGUGCAACUCCAAGCCAAUGGAGCGUGAGCGCUGUUUCAUCUCCACCAAUCACCUGAUGGAGCUCCUGUCCUGGGACAUGGAGGGGGAAGGACCAAGGGAGCAUUGCCCCUGUGCCGGAGGACUGCAGUGCCAACAUAUGGGCCGGGGCUCCUUGUGUCUGCAGCCUCAGAACUCCAGUGAGGAGGAGCUGACCGACACCCUGUACUCCGAGAUCGACUACAUCAUCUGAACACACAGACACCAAGCAAGUAGACACAAGCAGGCAGACACAGUCCCGUGAUGGAGCUCUUGGUAGGUUAGAAACUUCAGCAGAGUGCAAUCCUAUAUCCCCAUAUCGAUGCCAUUUCACAUUCCUAAAGCAGAGCAAAUCAGAGCCCUUAUGAGAGAAGACUUCAACCCAGCUCUAACCUAAACCGCAACACCUACUACAAUGACCACACCAUAUACCGAUGCCAAGCCCUUAUUUGAAGUGAAGUACUGCUGCAGUGUGCUCAUCGUUUAGAUAAUUAAUGCUGUAGAUAACCUGCUCAGCACUUCCCUCAUAUUAACACUGGAGUUCAUUUCAGUAGCCUCAGCCCAAAGCCUUAAUAUGGAAAUCCCCCCCCCCCACCACCCAAGUUAUACACGCUCAUUGUAUUUAUCAGAAUACCAUGUAGUCCUAGUAAGAUGUAUUUAUUUAUUUAUUUAUUGUAAAUGGAAGGUAACCCGCUUUAAAUAAAUGAAAGUGGCAAAUGUCAUAAGCAGUUCAAAAGCAAUCAAUGUCGAUCAGUUCCAGUUCCUUCUAUUUCCCAAAGACCAAAGUCCCACUGUACCUCAGUCACAGCUUACUAAUACAAAUAAAGUAUUAAUGUGUUCCAAUGGAUUUCUUCUUGAUUUUUUUUUUGCAUGAAUAAAUGAAAAUCAUAAACAUUGAAAACCUUACCCAGUGUAAAAUGACUCUACAGCUGCAGUAUAGUAUUGUUAACCUGUUGAAGCCUGUUUUUUAUAUAUAUAAAAAGGUAGGAUCAGUAUUACCAUUUCUCGCAUCAUGCAUUGCACAGAACAGUUUCUUUGUUUCAAACAUUUGUUGUAGUCAUCUUACAACACUAAGACAAAGAAACCAGUCACAUGCAGAUUCUUCAUCAUACCUUCAUACUUGUAUUACUAUUAAGUGACUUUGUUUUAACCUCAAAAAAGCUGUCCCGACCUCAAGGGACUUUGUGUAUUGUAGCAGAGAACAGAGACAUUCAAUCAAUGAAAAC